UUUGGGCCAGCUGAAUUUGUGACUGAGAGGGACUACAUUGGUAUACCACAUUGGGUCUCUGGCUGUCAUAAUCUCCCAUCCCUGCCCCAGCCCCGCUCUUCUUAUCAGUUGUGUGAAGCUCGGGGCUUUUCCCAGGGCCCCUUGGGAGGUGACUUCCUGCCUCACGCCCCCUGCCCACUUGGCAGUCUAUGCAGGCCUUCAGUAGGGAACUCUUCACUCUAUUUGCUGAGAAGCGGCAGGUACCACAAGACUGCCACUCAGGCCAUAAGCACUCUGGCAUGCUCUGUGCCCAGCUCUCUGCUGGGCAGCUCAGAGGUUGAGUGGCAGAGAGAGAUCAGACUUAAACAUAGGCAGCAGUCAUGACAGUGUUGGCAAGUGGACCAGGAUUUUAAUAUCUGGCAAGGGGUAGGCAGAGGACCAGCACUUAUGGCGGCUUCUCUGUGCCCAGCAUUUCAUGUACUUAUCCCAGGAGGACGACAGUUGCUCAAGCCAUGUUUGUCACUUGGUGUGUGGCCUUGGGCAAGUUACUUAAUGUUUCUGAGCCUCAAUUUCCUCAUCAUUGAAAUGGCAGUAAGAAUGCAGAGGGCUUGGUAUGUGGGGCUGGAGCUUGGGGCUGCCCGGCCACAAUGGACACAACGCUGGGUGCAGGAGGCCCUUGGAAAAGAUUUCUGCCCAAGAAACGACACACCCCAUAUAUGACCCCCAAACUAUAUUCCUCAGCCUGUUUACACAAUCCUUCUCAGGGGUGGCAUUGAAUGAAUGACAUGAGGCUGUCCCUUGAAUUAGAUCCACACACACAGCCCCAAUGCCUCCAGCAAGGCAAGGCACAAAAAAACAGGUUCCCAACAAGAAGCAAAGCUUAAAAAAGAGCAUGUGAACUCUCCAGGGACCCAGUGGGGGCAUUCCCCCUGCACUCAACGUGGCCAGGGCUGCACAGUGAGGACUAGGGCACACUGCUGGGGUCUUUGUUCUCUCAGACAGCAUGAGUGGUCAGGGGAGGCCUCCCAGAGAAAAAGGACUGCACCCACAGGAGCACAAUGGUGAGGGGGGCUCUGGAGGGGCUGGGCUGGGGAGAGGUGAGCCCAGGACAAGACACCUUGACUGCUGGGCUGAGGAGCCCAGGCUGGACCCUAGGGCAGUGGGGAGCCAGGAGACAUUUAAAAAGGGGAGAGAGAGGUGGGUCCAGGUAGGGCGGUGGUUCAAAGGAGAGAGAUGCAGGCUGGCAGUGGAUGGAGUCGGUGAAGAUAGAGAGAGUGAAUAUUAGAAAUAUUACGAGAUAAAGACCAGGCAACUCGCCAGGGUUCUGAAUGGGAAAGCAAGGAGUUUGCAGGCCUUGCUAGAGAAGGUCCUGGGGAAGGGUCAGAGGAGGCCCCAGGGUGCACAACUGGCCCCUGAAGGGAACAGAGGAGGAGUCAGAGCCUACUACUAGGGAGCCAGCCUGGGGGUCAGACACUCACAUCCAGCUGACUCAGGCACAGGCAUGGGUCGUUUGUCCUCAGGUGGUCCGAGGCCCCUGCCAGGCACUUUGACCAGCAGGAUCCCUGAGGAAGAAAUAUCUGAUGCCCCCGCCCCUAUUCUAACUCCUUCACUGAAGACGGGGCACCCCUCCCCCAGCCAUGCAGCUGCCUCUCUGGACAGAGGGAGGGGAAGUGGCCAGAAGGGGAAGUGUGAGUUCCCCUCAGCCUGUCACCAGUCUCCUCAGGCCCUCAGAGUGGUGGCCCUGGGGCCCACUGCAGCCAUGGAACCUCUGGAGACCCCCGUCAAGGAUGGCAUUCUCUACCAGCAGCACGUCAAGUUCGGCAAGAAAUCCUGGCGGAAGGUGUGGGGUCUGCUGUAUGCAGGAGGCCCAUCAGGUGUGGCACGGCUGGAGAGCUGGGAGGUCCGGGAUGGUGGCCUAGGACCAGCGAGUGACAGGUCUGCAGGUCCUGGCCGGCGGGGUGAGCGUCGGGUCAUCCGCCUGGCUGACUGUGUGUCUGUGCUGCCGGCUGAUGGUGAGAGCUGCCCCAGGGACACUGGCGCCUUCCUGCUCACCACCACGGAGCGAAGCCACCUGUUGGCUGCACAGCAUCGCCAGGCAUGGAUGGGCUCCAUCUGCCAGUUGGCCUUCCCGGGUACAGGGGAGAGCUCCUCCGGACCAGGGGAGGCGGAAGCUCCCAAGCGGGGCCUGGUUCCCAUGGAGGAGAAUUCCAUCUACUCCUCCUGGCAGGAAGUGGGGGAGUUUCCAGUGGUGGCACAGAGGACCGAGGCUGCGGCCCGCUGCCAGCUGAAGGGGCCCUAUGUCCUGCUGCUGGGCCAAGAUGCCAUCAAGCUAAGCGAGCCUGCCAGCUCACAGGCCCUCUACACCUGGCCUUACCACUUCCUGCGCAAGUUCGGCUCUGACAAGGGUGUGUUCUCCUUCGAAGCCGGCCGCCGCUGUGACUCAGGCGAGGGCCUCUUUGCCUUCAGCAGCCCCCGAGCCCGAGACCUGUGUGGGAUCGUGGCUGCUGCCAUUGCCCGCCAGCGGGAGCGGCUGCCUGAACUGGUGGGGCCCCGACCCUGCCCCCUUCCACGGGCCACCUCCCUGCCCACCUUGGACCCUCCUGGGGAGCUUUGGGAGGUACCCCCAGGGCCCGAGCCACCCAGCUCCCAGAGGGCGCACCUGGCGGAGGCUGGGCCGCAGAGCCUGCCCCCUCUGCCCACCGAGUCCGGGCUGUACGCAGCUGUGUGCAAGCGGGCCAGUGUGCCCCCAGGCACCGCCGAGCACCUCUACGAGAACCUGUGUGCGUUGGAGGCUGGCCAUGCACCGCCCGACCUCAGGAUCCCUGCGCAGGAGGGCCCCAGCAGCCGUAGCCCCCCAGCCAGCCCCAUCUACCACAACAGCGAGGACCUGGGCUGGCCCAGCCCGGCCCAUGACACCAGCCUGGAGGCCCAGUACCGACGGCUGCUGGAGCUGGAGCUGGGCGACAACGAUGAAGAGUCCGGGGGCUCCAUCCGCCCUGGGACUCAUACGGGCUUCAAGGCCAAGCUGGUGACACUUCUGAGCCGUGAGCGGAAGAAGGGCCCAGCCCCCUGCGAUAGGCCCUGAGCACCUGGUGUGCCUUAGCAUGGGACAAGAGGGCAGGCAAACAAUGGACAUCUGGGGACACACCCCUGCAUCCACUCUGGCCUUCCGGGACACAGCAGGUGGCCUGAGGAGGCCCCCUCAGGAGACUUGCUGGCCCCCUAGUGUGUAGUGUAUA